CGACCAGACUGUUUGGGAGAUCACUGCCUGUAUACAAGGUCUACAACGCACCGCUGCAGCCUACUGUAGCUUUAGGUGGAUGGCAACUUUCCUUCGAUUUCCAACCUUCUAUCAUUCAACGACUUGAUCACUACACUCCUUCACUAUGCUGCCAACCACCAACGAUCACUUAUCAAUUUACUAUUCAUAACCUCCUGUUUAUCAUUCAUUACCAAACAAAAUGGAAUUCCCCAGUCUCGGAUGUCUGGCUCAAUUCCCAUACGAGAUCCGCGAACAAAUCUGGCUACAGUUCAUCCCCGACGGCCAGGAUACCGUGCUUUUACGCACCCCAAAGACAGAUCUGCGCAUCCUCCGCGCUAGUAAAAGCAUCCACGACGAGAUAUCGCUGUUGCUGUACCGACGGUCCUGUCUGGAAUUCGACGUCUCCGCGAUCUACUACCAAAGGAAGGAACGAUGGACCACUGUCUACUUAAGGCGGGGCCGACAGGAGCGAGCACAACUGGAGGAGCCACAAGCUACGUGGAUUCUUCGAAACAAAGAAGACGCGAGAACACGGGGCUUUGAUAAUCUUCCCUUCCACAGAAUCGAUCGUGUGGUUGCGAAUCUCUUCGCGCCCGACCCUAAAGACGCAGGCAAGCUAUUCUGUCUCUGGCAGAGAGUGCGUGCCCUAGUCGAACUGCUGAAGGGCGCGGAAAAGAUUCGAAAUUUGACCAUCCGACUGUGCAAACGCGACGGCCAGGAUUGGUUCGACAGAGAUCGCGGAAUGAAUCACAGUAUGAGGCUGCUACGAGGAGAAACCCACUGUGACCAUGACGUGGCGGUGUUACCGUUCUGCACACUACAGAAUGUCGAAAACAUCACGGUUGAAGCUCACUCGGCGGAACUGGAGCAAAGGAUGAACUGGCGAGUGAUCAACGUGGGAAAAAUCCAGGAGAGCGAGGCCCGGCUUGCUGUAUCUCGACGCGUGGGGUUUGAGUAUAUGUGGCUGCAUGCGGAUUUGUGGAAAUAUGCGCCUGGGCGGACGGCGAGGCUUAUGCGGUGGGAUUUUCUCCGGCAGUGGUUUCUGCAGAAAUGCAACGGGGAGUCUGAGUUUGAAGAGCGGACUCGGGGGGUCUUGGAUGAGUUUCCGGAGCUACAUCAUAGGCGCCCUAGAGAUAUGAUGGUGAUUUCGAGUAUGAUUUACGAUAUGGUGUGUUUAUAUUACGAUAUGGAGGCACAGCAGGAGAAGAAGAUGCACGAGUGGGAGGAGAAAAAGGGGAUCCCGCCGGCAGCGUCUUUGGAGUUUUCCGAGACGUAUGAUGUGGAUGAAUUGUGGGAGAAGCAUAGCAAGGGAAAGACAACGGAGGAGAUGUUGUCUAUAUCGACAUUGUAUGAGAAAGGAGGUUGCGUUGAAGAUGAAUCUAUAGGUGCUGAGUCUCUAUAGCUAUGGUACAUAUAUACAAUAUUAUACACGAUUAUUAUAAACUGUGCGGCCUGGGAUCAACCCAGAGAGG